UCACGUCAGCCUCCGGUUAUGGAUGGUACCGGGGCUUGGCGUACAUCCAAACACCUUGUCAGGGUAAGUAGCCGUCAUUUAUACCGUUUCCGUUUCCGCAAAGAAGGCAAACACUUGCUUGCCAUACGGAUGUUUAACUAGUUGCCCAUCCCACGUGGUGACGGCGUGAGAUGGUGAAGAAAGGGGAGACGACCACCUGCAUGUAUUAUGGGGUAGCCGUAAAAGCUACAGAGAGCCAACCCCGUACGUCAUCGUGGUGUUUUGUUUUCCAAUACCUUCGCAAGAGGAACGGCUUGUAGUAAAUAGUGUGAAGCUACAAGUAAACUGCACAAAGCUCACCAACCGCAACAAGGCGUCUUACACAGUCGAACACAGUGUGGCCCGGUGUUCGUGUGACCAUGUGCUACAUACACCGAAAAAAGUAAUGAUUCCGUUGCGUGUCAUCGUUUCAUUUCUGCCCUCUACCCUGUUUGUUGUCUUACAAGGCUCCGCGCCUAAGGAAACCCGCACCGUAAGCGGGGCGUGAACAUAAACCCUGUUCCCUGGCACGCCUGGGAGGAGAGCUGGUAGUAGCUCAGCGCUUGCACUAAGACUGCUUUCAAGUUUAUGAGCUCGCUAUUAUUGAUUAAAUUAAAGCGAAUAAAAAAGCACCCACCACGGGCGCACGAAUAUUCAUAACGGCUUGAAUGAAUGAGCUGAACACACUACUUUCGUAACACGCACCCUGUCGCAUUCGAAGGUGGUAUAAGCUUUCUGGUGUGGUUUUUUAGUUGUGAAUCUGAAUUCAUCGAUUGUGCAACGCGCAACACCUACCAAACAAGGAAACUGCUCUAGCGCGUAGUAUAGUCUCCCUGUUUAAUGUACAUAUAGUGUGCUUUCGUCGUACAGAAUCAGUAUUACAUUAAAACCCAACGGUGCUGAGUGAGUGGAAGUGGCAAAGCUUUGGACUUGUGCGUAUCCUUUGAAAGCAACAGAAAAAAAACACAUACCUACACACAAUUCAAACGGUGAAUCGAACUGGACUUUUAAAGCAUGCCAUUCAGGACACGUGCUACGGUGCGAGCUUUGGGUGAACAAUAGGAAAAGAAAAGUUUUAUCGAUUCCUGAUGAUGGCGUCGCUGCAAAUGGAUCGUGUAGUGAACUGAGCGUGCUUUGUCUUGAGGAUCUUGAGACCAAAAACUCGUACAGGUCUCGCGUUAUAUUAUCGGACAUCCUACUUCAAACGUUCGAGAGUGAGAUGUGAAGCAUGAAUGUGACCUACAGCAUACAACGACUAUGCGUUGCAUUUACAUAGUGAGUUUGAUUUGGGUUUUCGAAUUAUGUCUCCCCGCGAGGACGGCCACUACCAAUUAUCAAUAUCAACAAGGCAUCGAGUACGAUAAAAACGUGAAGCCAGGCACCCUCACCGAUGUAUCCGUAUCGCUGUACAUUAAUCGAAUAUCAGGCGUGGAUGAAAACAAGGAAGAAAUAUCCUUCGAUGUCUUCCUUCAAAUCACAUGGGAAGAUCUCAGAAUCCAGCCAGUCGUGGCGAACAUGGUGGGCGAAUACGUAGAUCUGACCAAGGCCGACCGGGACAUGAUAUGGGUUCCUGAUCUUUACAUACGACAGCUACGGGAAAUGAAGAUGCUAACUUUAUUUGAAGAAAUAUCCAGUUUGCGAUUGUAUGAAAACAGCACCAUAAGCUUAAGCAUAGGAGCCACCAUCAUCAUUAAAUGUGACAUGGACUUUGUGCUUUACCCAUUGGACGUACAAAGGUGUCCUGUCGAUUUCAGCAGCUAUAAAUAUCCAGUAAAAGAUUUAAGGUUCCGCUGGCGAUCGGAAAAUGCGCUUUCUUUCCCAAAUGACUUUGGUGAUGGAUUUUUUCGGCUUCCAAAAUAUGUGGUUUCAUUUUACACCGAGCAGGAGUCACAGAUAGUUAAUUACAGCGAUGAUAAUCAUAGUUCAGCUAGAUUAGAAAUAACCCUAUCGAGGGAAGUAAAGAGUUACCUGUUGGAGAACUAUCUUCCAUCCACGUUAUUCGUUUCCAUAUCAUGGGGCUCCUUCGUUGUCGUUCCAGAAAUCGUACCAGGACGGAUGGUGCUGUUAGUUACCACACUGUUAUCAUUGAUCACGAUGUUCGAUACGGUGCGGAAUAAUUCACCGGAUGCGUUGGAACUGAAGUGCCUUGAAGUGUGGCUCAUAUCCUGCACUUUGUUUGUGUUCUUUGCGCUAAUGGAGUACUUCAUUGUGCUGUUCGGUAUUAGAUACGACAAGCACUGGCGAGUGGCCAAGGCUCAGCAUGCCUCGUCGAUACCCCCUUCCAUAACACUGCAAUCAGCAGUGACGCUGGCCCAAACCACGAUGGAUACGUCGAUAAACUCCGCUACGUUUCAGCGUGAAAAUGGGCUUGAGCACACUACGCUGAAGGUUUCUGGCAGUAACAAGGUUCAACCGCACGAUCACAAUAGCAAGACAGCAUCGGCUUCUCUUAGUAAUAUACAAGACACUGUACAAAGUGCCCAGAAAGUCUCGUCAGUGAUGACACGGAAAAGGUUUCGCAACGUCGCGGAUGUAGCACUUCUGUACGCGGGUUCUCAGCGCGGCCGGUUGGAUCAGCUUUCUUUGAUUAUUUUCCCUCUCAGCUUUCUAAUAUUCACCAUUUCAUAUUGGACCAUGUACUUAACAGAAUCUAAAAAAAAUUUUAAGUAA